CAGGCGGCGGGCCCUCUCUGGCUGGGAUCUGCUUCGGGGCUCGGGGCGGGACCCUCUGGGUGCCUGAAUCGCAGGGCUCGCUCCGGGGAGAGGGGUCGGUGUCGGGCGCUGUCCCGGGAGCUGCUGCGAGAGCCUUCGCGGCCGUCUGCAGGGAUUGCCAUCUGGGGCUCGGGGAUGCUUUGAGAGGAAGGUUGGAGGUUAAGCAUGGGGAAGAGCUGCAAGGUGGUCGUUUGUGGCCAGGCGUCAGUGGGGAAAACUUCCAUCCUGGAGCAACUCCUGUAUGGGAACCAUGUAGUGGGUUCUGAGAUGAUGGAAACCCAGGAGGACAUCUAUGUGGGCUCCAUCGAGACGGACCGUGGCGUUCGGGAGCAAGUGCGUUUCUAUGACACCCGUGGGCUCCGGGAAGGGACUGAGCUGCCCCGGCACUGUUUCUCCUGCACGGAUGGUUACGUGCUGGUCUACAGCACCGACAGUCGGGAGUCCUUCCAGCGUGUGGAGCUCCUGAAGAAGGAGAUUGACAAAUCCAAGGACAAGAAAGAGGUCACCAUCGUGGUCCUGGGCAACAAGUGUGACCUCCAGGAGCAGCGGCGUGUAGAUCUAGACACUGCACAGCACUGGGCCAAGUCAGAGAAGGUGAAGUUGUGGGAGGUGUCGGUGGCUGACCGCCGCUCCCUGCUGGAGCCCUUCAUCUACCUGGCCAGCAAGAUGACGCAGCCUCAGAGCAAGUCGGCCUUCCCGCUUAGCCGCAAGAACAAGGGCAGCGGCUCCCUGGACGGCUGAGCAGCCGCUGCCCUGCCACCCGCCCCCCACCUACCCUUGCUGAGCUCCAGGGCCCUGGAAAACGGCUGGACCCAAGAGAGAGCCCUGCACAGCCAGGCAGCUGGACUGUCCCCUCUCAACACCCAAGUGCAAAUGGUCUUCGUUAGCGCCCUUCCCCCACCCCCACUUCAGCCAACAUGGUCUUCACUGUUGCCUAGGGCAGCAUCCCAUCUGUCAUCCAGACAGGAAGAGGAACUACCAUGCCACUAGUGCCCAGUGUAGGAUCUGGGGCCUUUUUGGUUUUGAGACAGGGUCUUGAUAAGUUCUUCAGGCUGGCUUCAGUCUUGGAUUCUCCUGCCUCAGCCUCCUGAGCAGGUGGGAUUAUAGGUGUGUGCCCCCACACUUGGCUAGGGUCUGUUUCCAAUGACAGGGCUACCAGUUCUCUGAGCUUUGAAUGGUCACACUCGUGUGUGUGCACAUGUGCAUACAUGCUCACACUCCCACUAGCCUGGACGUGAACAGGGGUCUGGGUGUUUGUGCUUGUGCUGCAUCAGGGCCAGCUCUAGGGAGCCUGCGUCCCCCCAGCCCCACAUCUCACAUCCUCUUCUGGCUUGGGGGUGGCCUUGCUGCCCAGGCCAUCUCUGGUCUCCCAGGUCAUUGCCUGGUCUUGGCGUCUUCCUCUUCAAGGUGCUUGGUCCCAGCCCUGGCGGCUGGGCUCUGUUCUUCCUGACCAGCAGGGGGCAGUGGCACGCCACCCUUGGGACCCUGCUAGGUGGCUGUGUCCUGUCCCUGGAGUUUCUGUCACCUGUGUCUCCCACCUCAGCCAAGGCUGGACACGGUGCUCGCCUGCCUCCCUGACCUCAGCCACAGAAGCAGGCAUGGCAGUAGCAGCUUGGGGAGCUCAUCCCCGCCUCUCUGUGCCACUGGGGUUCUCCCAGCCCCCCAGGACAGGAGUGGGAGCAGGGCAGAGCCAGGCCAAGCAGGAGACUGGGCAUUGACCAACAGGCUCUGGCUCAGCAUUCAUUUAUUGAUGAAUUUGUUGGAUACAAUAAAACCACAACUGCUGUUAUAAAAAA